UUUACGUGUGUGCACGAACAUUUGAUUUAGUAAUAAAUAGCAUUAUGGGUGAUAUAGUUGUUCUUAAGGAAAGUUAUGGAUCUAGCACCGCAAAGAAAGAAUAUAUAGAGGCUGUUGAUGGACGUCUCAUCACGUGUGACCGGUCGGAGAGGUUCACAUCGGUCUUCGAUCUUUUUAGGUCUGUAUUCUUGCCCCAGGGUUACCCUGACAGUGUCAGUGAGGAUUACAUGCAGUACCAGCUGUGGGAUACUCUACAGGCAUUUGCAAGUUCCAUUACUGGAACCUUGGCAACCCAAGCUGUAUUGAAAGGUGUUGGUGUUGGAGAUGAGUCUGCAACACCAUUGGCAGCUACCAUAACAUGGCUGUUGAAAGAUGGUAUGGGUAUGCUUGGGAGGAUUGGUUUUGCUUGGUUUCAAGGAACCAGUUUAGAUUGUGAUGCCAAGAGAUGGAGGUUGUUUGCUGACAUCUUGAAUGAUUGUGCAAUAUUUCUUGAGAUUCUUGCUCCCCUUUUUCAAGGAUAUUUUACACUCAUCGUCUGUAUUGCUGGUGUAAGCAAGUCCAUAGUUGGAGUUGCUGGGGGAGCCACAAGGGCAGCACUAACCCAACACCAGGCUAGAAGAAAUAACAUGGCAGAUGUCUCUGCCAAAGAUGGGAGCCAGGAAACUUUGGUAAACCUGGCAGCUUUGAUUUGUGGCUUGUUAAUGAUGCCAGUGGUAUCUGGUCACCAAACGUUGACAUGGGUACUCUUUUUCCUGUUUACUAUGCUGCACUUAUUCUCCAACUUCAUGGCUGUCAAAGCAGUGAAAAUGGAGACCUUGAAUCAAGCCAGGUUGCAUAUUCUUGUUCAGCAUUAUCUACAAGCUCAGACGACAUUCCAUGGUGCCAUCAGUAGUGAUAUACUUCCUGUUAAGAUAGUUAACAUGCAAGAACCUGUUUUAUGGAGAACCAGAAGAAAAUUAGAAAUAUUUCUAGGAACCUCAUUUGCAGCUAUGAUGAAAAGUCCCAGUGAAUUCAGUAAACUAAAAAAGAUUUAUGCUGGUGAUAGAUAUAUACUUGAUCUGGACCUUAGUACAGGAAAAAUAUACAUUCUUCUCCAUGAAACACAAACAGUUGAUUCCCAGAUUAAGGCAUGUUUCCAUGCUGAACUUGUAAACUUUAUUGUGGAAAAAAUAGGAAAAAAGGAAAACAUUAAUGAAGAUUUUCAAAAUGUAGUUGCUAUAGCAGAAAAUGGAAAUUGUGCAGAAGUGGUAGAGGAAUCAUGUAGACUAGUAUCAAGACUCUACCCCGUGUUCAUGGCCGAGUUGCCAAGGGAAGGUUGGUUAACAUCCUAUGCAUUGUUAGGAGCAGAUGAAUGGAGAGCAAAAUGGCUGGACACAGAGCUUCUGGGAAAGAAGUUGUACUGAACAUGAUGUCAAAAAUCCUCGUAAUCUUUUGAUUGAAUUGACC